CGUAUGGAUCGGAGCGACGUGACUCUGCUGGAACGGAUCCAUGAUACGUUUAUGUGGUAUGCCCAACACUAGCUCUUUCUUACUUCAACAAUCGCCGGAAAAGCCAUGGCUCCCGUGGACAAGGCAAUGAAUGCGGUGAAAACCAAACCUACUGCGACGAAGCCGACAGCAAAGAACGUGCUUCGCGGAAAGAAUCCUAUCAAGAAGAAGCGUGAGCAUCUUCGAUAUGGUAUCGACUGCACCAACAUCGCCGAGGACAACAUCAUGGAUGUAGCGGACUUUGAAAAGUAUCUGAAGGAACGCUUCAAGGUGAACGGUAAGACCGGCAACUUGGGUAACAACGUUACUUUCGAGCGUCAGAAAAUGAAGGUGUUCAUCAACUCGGAUGUGCACUUCUCCAAACGCUACCUCAAGUACUUGACCAGGAAGUAUUUGAAAAAGAACAGUCUGCGCGAUUGGAUCCGUGUUGUGUCCAACGACAAGGAUGUGUACGAGCUGAGGUACUUCCGCAUCAGCUCUAAUGACGACGACGAGGAGGAGAAUGAGUGAACCCCGGAAA